UCAUCACUCUGAUAUCCCAAUAUUUACAUAAUUACAAAACUGUAUGUCAUAGCCAAUAAAAUAAGUUCUAUUAUUUCCUUCUUUAAUUACAAUUUCCUGGAUGUGUAUUGUUUUUUUUGUGAUAUUGACAUGAUAAUUAGACCCAUGCAGAAUUUAGUAGCAGCUUAUCUUUUGAGAGAUUAAGUGGAUCCUUUUAAAGUGAAAUGCUCAAACAUUAAGGACAUAUUGGAAUACAUAAUUUGGAUAUCAGAAUUGUCAUGAGAAACUGCAGAUAGAACUAAAUUUUUGAAGACUGAGGGUGAUGAAGUAAGAAGUCUUUAGGAGGCCAAUGUCCUCAGAUGACCAACAGAAAACAGAGGAGGUUUCCUCUCUGCAAGCAGAGGAGUUAGAACUUUUAGCCAAGCUUGAGGAAGCAAAUAGGAGGUUACUGUCAGAUGAAAAAUCAGCCUUCAAUUCAACACCGUCACCAGUUUUAGGACAUUCUCGACAGGGAUCAGCCUCUAGUGUUGUGUCAUCAGUAUCAUCUAACAGUCAGCUCAGUAAUCAACACUCAGAGGAAGAUGGCACUGGUCAGCCAUUUGGUAAUCUGUGGGAUAUAUGGGGAAAACUUGUAAAUGACUGGGACAAUGCUAAAAAGAAACCUGCAUACCUAAAGGAACUUGUGAGAAAGGGUAUUCCCCACCCAUUCAGAGGGUUGGCAUGGCAGCUAUUACUGAAUGUGCACAGCUCUCCACACAAACAGAUGUAUGUAGAAUAUAUGAGAGAGUCGUCCCCUAGUGAGAGGUACAUUAGACGGGACAUUGCCAGAACAUUUCCAGACCAUGAAUUCUUCAAGGAGAAGGAUGGUGUGGGACAAGAAAGUUUAUUUAAUGUUAUGAAGGCAUAUUCUCUCCAUGAUAGAGAAGUAGGUUACUGUCAAGGAAGUGGAUUUAUUGUCGGCUUACUACUUAUGCAGAUGCCUGAAGAAGAGGCCUUUGCAGUACUUGUUAAAUUAAUGCAGGACUAUCGUCUCAGAGAACUGUUUAAACCUAGUAUGGCAGAGUUAAGUUUGUGUAUGUACAAACUAGAAUGUUUAAUACAGGACCUGCUUCCAGACUUGUACUUACAUUUUCAGUCUCAGGGUUUUUACACAUCAAUGUAUGCAUCGUCAUGGUUUCUAACAUUAUUUGCUACAACAUUGUCACUGUCUCUUGCUUGUCGUGUGAUGGAUCUUUUUAUAUCAGAGGGCAUGGAUAUUAUAUUUAAACUGGGAAUUGCAAUACUUCAAACUAGUCAAGAUUAUCUGCUUUCACUAGAUAUGGAAGGGAUGUUAAAGUUCUUCACAAAAGAGUUGCCUCAAAAAUAUGAACAAGAACCAGAGAAGCUGUUUCAACCAGCAUAUUAUGUCAAAUACAAUGCUAAAAAGAUGAAAAAAAUAGAGAAAGAGUAUACAGCAUUGAAGAGUAAAGAAAAUGAGGACCAGAUAGAGUUGAGGAGAUUAAGGACAGAAAACAGAUUACUUAGACAGAGGAUAGAUAAUUUAGAAAAGGAAUCUGCAUCUUUAGCAGACAGGCUGAUACAGUAUCAAUUGACAAGAGCCCAAGAGGCAGAGGAAACAUAUGCUCUGAAAAAUGUUCUUUCUACAAUCAAAAAGGAGUUAGCUGAGUCACAGAAGAAGCUAUCUGUAGCAAAUAAUCUUAUAGGAGAUAUAAAACAAAGGACAUCUAGUAUAAAUUCAGCCUCAGCAUUAGACGAUGAUGAAGCACAGACUGUGAUACAAAAUCUACAAGAAGAAUUAAUAGUUAUUAGACUUAAAGAUGCAGAUACAGAUUCUCUUGUAAAAGAACUACGAUCAAAGAUUAAGGAGCUAGAAGAUACAAAUGUACAGUUACAGAGAGCCCCUAGUAAUGACAUACAGAACUUACAAGAAGAGUUGAUAGCUGUUAAGUUACGAGAAGCUGAGGCCAAUCUGGGACUUAAAGAAAUGAGACAAACUGUACAUGAACUGGAGAGUAUGUGGGAGACUUUUAAAGUUGAGUCAACAGCAGACUCACCAACAUCUUCUCCAAAAGACAAAAAUCACAAACAGGAAGUUAAACAGCUACAAGAAGAUGUAAUGACAAUUAAAGUCCGUGAGGCUAAUUGUAUGUCUGACUUAAAGGAUACAAAACAAAAGUACAUGGAACUUGAGACACAGAAUCAUAUAUGUACAAACCAAAUUCGUAGAAUGGAUGAGGAAAAUAAACUCUUGAAGGCAAAAUAUGAAGAAGGUCUGGAGAGAGAGAAGAAAUUAGAUGGUCAUAUAAAGGAACAUAUCAGGAAGAUAGAUGAUAUGCAAUCUCAGGGAAAUAGUGUAGAGAGGAGAGAAGAAACAAUGAUGCUGAAGAUCAAAGAAGCAGAAAAUACUCAUGUGAUAGCAGAACUAAAACAACGAAUAGCUGAAUUAGAGAUUCAGAAAGAGGAAAUAUGGACAGCUGACCAGUUGGAGAAUAAAAGUGGACAUCAGGAUCUUGAAAAUCGUAUAUUCGACCUUCAGGAUGAGGUUCUACAACUGAAAUUUUUCCAGAAUUCACCAAAGUCCACCUCAUACAAUGGUGUACAAGUGAGUGAUAGCGAGUCAGAAGAAGAUUUUGAAGAGUUAGAAAAUCCUGAGAGUUUAAAUAAAACAUUAUCAGACAUAAUAGAAGGGAAGAACAAAGCCUGUGAUUUAUCUUUAAAUACUCAUCAUCUUGGUGCUGAAUCAGAACUAAUAAAUGGACAGUCUGUAACUUCUGGUUUUAAAGAGUGCUUGACAAGGGAGACAAGUCUUCAGAAUUCGAGUUCUCCAAUAGUUUUAGUAACUCAGGAUUCAGAAGUGUGUUCAAAUGAGGAAGAAACUCAGUGCAAUGGAAAUUUAUAUGAAAACCAUUCAGAUUUAAGUGCCAAUUCUUUUCCUGUAAAUAAACAAGAAAUUUGUAGAGAAAUUGAAAGUACUUUGGAAAAUCCCUCCAAGAACUGUACAAUAGAUUCCAUUUCAACCAAUGCAGAAUCAAGUUUACUAGAUGAAAUUUCAUCAAGUUUACAUGCCAUUUCAUUACAGAACCAGGAAACAGAUGAAAAUACAAAUUAACAUGAAAACCUGCCUAAAACAUAUCCUAAUAUAAUUACUUGUUUCUUAUACAUUGAGUAACCACAUUAAAUAAACACAUCAUUUCCACCAAUCAGAAUCUGUCUAUUAUGUAAAGUAUCAGAUGAAACAUGGAUAUAGGAACACUUACCUGUAAGGAAAUUUAAACAAAAACUGAAUUAAAAAUGAGUAAAUUAAAGAUAAUGAGUUAAUUUUAGAUCAUGUAAUGAAGAAGUGUGUGGAAUAAGGAUUUACCAGGGAAAUCAUUCUUCUUCCAUUAUUUUUCAUUUUGUCUUAAAAAAUAGUAUGAACAGUACUGAUUUAAAAGUUGUCAAAUCAUUUUGAACUCUUCAAUUGAUAAGUCAUAUUUGAAUUAAAUUUAUGUUGAAAAUGUUGCAGUAUGUGAAGCAAGAAUUGAAAUGCUAUCUUUAAUGCUAUACUUAGUCAUACUUAGUUAUAUCUGUAAACACCAUGAAAAGACAAUAUAUUUUCAGUAAAAGUUUCCUGAUAGUGUUUGUAUACAAUUUGUUUACAUCGUUAAGAAAUCCAAAUUUUGGUGAUCAUUUUCCAAAAAUAAACCAUUUCAUUUGUUUUGAUAAAAACAUUUUUUUUUUUUAAAUUUAGAUAUUAAAUAUUUAUGAAAGGUACUAAUUCGUGUAAAGAAAUAUACUUAUCAAAUUUUGAAAUGACAGUGUGCUUGGUAUCCUAUUUACAAUACCUUUUCUACCCCAUAUUAAAUCUUCUUUUUUUUUGCAUUUGUAACGAAAGGCAUUUAAAAGCUAAUGAAGUGCAAGGAAUUUUGCCACCACACAUGAUAUCAAUUACUUCGUACUUUGCCAUGGGUUCCAAUAACUGACAGUGCAUCAUUUCCUUGUGGAAUGUCAGCUGACUUUAUUUUGUGCAAUACUCUUCAUUACUUCAAUAAAACUGAUCAGAGAAAGUCUGUUUUUUUUUUAAGUGUUCUCCAAUACAUGAAGCUGACAUGACAGUGAUAAAACUGUGAACAGAGACAAAAUGAUUGAUAUCAUGUUUAUAUUUUUGUCAUGCAACCUCAAAUUUUAGUUAAGGCAAGCUGAUGUGUAUCCAGUCUACAUUUUAGUUGAGGCAAGCUGAUGUGUAUCCAUUCUACAUUUUUUAUUGCAUGAUAUUUUUCAAUUUAAUUUCAUUUGUAAAUCCCUCAAAAUGUUUUUAUUAUCUAUAUCAUUAGAAGACUAUGACCUGUUAAGAUCUGUUUUCAAACAGAUACUUAUUUAUAAUAGAAAAGAAAGGAUGCUUCUUAAAUAAAUGUUUAAUUUUUGUUAACAGUCUCAAAUACUAUACCCUGUCUAGUCAUCAUUUUGAUGUAUAUACAUGAACUAAUAAGAUGAAGGUACCAGGAUGAAGAAACAAAAUGGUCUAUAUUUUAUAUUUUGGCUACAUUGUUAUAAACAUAUAGCUGUCAGCAUAUUUGGAGAAGAUCUUCUAAUUAAGUUCAAGCUGUGGUAAGAGUCAAAUAGGCGACCUGUAAUUUUCUGAUUCUGAAAAGCUGAUAUCCGAGAUAUUUAUUAAAGGAAAUGAAAAUUAGAUUUGACCUGUUUUUGUUCUCAAUCUAGAUCUUAUAUGCAGUAAUUGACAUAGGAUAUAUAGAGAAAUCUUUUAUCUUUAAAUAUAUGUUAAGGAAUUGUUUAGGUAUAAUAACAUUGUGCCUGGAGGUUCAGAAAAGCUGAUAUACUAUGGUCAUGGAAAAUAUAGAGAUAAUUGGGGUAUCUGAAGAUGUUCAUUUUACAGAAAGAUUCAGGGCUAUUAAAUUUCGUAGAAAUGCUUGACCUGUUUUUUGUCUCACAAAAAUUCCAAUGUCCUACAAUGAAGCUAAGACAUCAAGUGAACAAUUUAGAUAGUAUGGGAGUCGUUCCCAUCUUUGAUGGUAAAAUAGCAGAACAGAAUAGGUCUAGAUUUUCAAUCAAGUCAGCAAAUUUCGAUGCAAGAAUGCAAUUUACUAAUAAGAAUUUUCAUUUAAAUGAACACAAUUAUGUUAUUUUAUCUUAUUAUUACUAAUAUUUUGACAAAGAUUGAAUAUUUUUGCUUGAUUUCAAUUUUUGUAAAAUUAGUGUAUUGAGUUAUCAGGGGAGGUAACUCAUAAAUUGUAUUAUUUAAAAAGAAACCUACAGAUAAUUCAUCCUUUUUAUGUUAUAGAAGAAUAAAACUUUAAUAUGGCGACCCAUUUUUACUUUGAUAUUCUGAAAGCAUUUUAUAAUAGCGAUCUUCUCAUAUUGUAAUUAAAAAUUCUAUCAUUUAGUUUAUCUGCUAUUCACAUUAUGAUGCUUUUUCUCUGUAUAAUCCUUACAAAAUAUGUCACUUUUUCACAACCUGCAGCUUGAAAACAAGCUUGAUGACCUCUCAUUAUUAUUACAUUUUUGAACAUAUCACAAUAUAUAUUACAUUUUGGCAAAGCAUGAAAAAAUUCUAUCAUUUUUGUUUUCUUCUCCCAUACUACUUUAAUAGCUGUAAGUUACCUCCACUUGACCAUAAGAAUGGCAUAUAUAAGAAAAAAAUGAAGUCCUACAGAAACUAUCCUUUCAGCACUAUAAAUAUUUACUAAUUGAUAUCUUCAUCAUAAUUGCAAAAAUAAACAUAUCUGAAUCCAAACAGCUUUAUCAUUCUUAUGCAAUUAUCAUUUAUUAUAAUGAACAUGAAUAUGGUAGAAUGUAGCACCUUUGUAGUAGACCAUGAGAAAUAUUACCCCAUAUGUUAAUUUGUACACAUGUCAAUUUAAUUGUUAAAUUCAUUAUUGUGCCAAAUGUUAAUGUUUUGUUAUCAUUAAAGGUAGAAUAUAUUUAUUAUAAGUUUGUAGUGGUUAUUAUUUUUUGAAUUCUAAGAUGUUUACUUAAUAAGGUUUACUUAUGAAAACAAGAUUCUGAAACAUCUAAGUAUAUCUAUCCAGUUAAAUACAAAAUAUGUCUAUCUAUUUUCUAUCACAGAAGGCUAGAUAAUUGUCAUGUUACGUGAAUCGGCUGCAUUACAUGACAAAUCAUAAUUAAAUCCAUUUAAGAAUCAGUGCUGUUUAUUGUUAUGUCAGCUGCAGUAAAUUGAUAAAUGAUUAAAACAUUAUAUUUUCCUGUAAUGAAGAAUAAAUUUAAAAUAUCUUGUAUUAUAUAUUAUAUGACCUUCCAUAAAAUUAUCUGUUAACAAGAAGAAAUAUGGUAUAAGUAUUUUUUUAUAUAUAAAUUUCUGACCAAUUUUCUCCCAUUCAUUAACUUGACAGCUCUACUUCAGCCACAUACCCCUGUGAAAUAUCUCCUAGAACUAAGUAGAUUUCUGUGAUUUAAUUACUGUUCAUCACUAAGUAAGUUAUUUAGAGUUCUCUGAUAUAAAUAUUUUUUCUAUUAUGAACUUUUAAUAUAUCUCCAUACUUAUAGAUUAUCGUUGAUCAUCUCAACGAGAUUGAUUUUCUCGCUUGAAUCGGUACAGCAAAAGUGAGAAAAGCAAUCGAGUUGAGAUGACCAAUGAUAAUCUGUUUAUCGCUAUUUUACCUAUGACGACUUUGUCAAUUUCAUUGACAAUGCCACAUGCCCCCUUAGUUUCUAGCGAUAAUUUUUCGUAUCACUCGACUCCGCUGAGAAAGGAAAUUAUCAGUCAGCAGGAUCAAAGGAAAAUUUCGUAAAAUAGCGAUAAUUUGAUUUAUUUGUGUUUAUAAAUCCUGGUGUAUUUGGUUACUUAAUUGAUAGUUUUAUUCAUUCUAUUGAUACUAAGAUGUCAUUGGUUGGCUAUCUAAUUGACAUAUACUCCUAUCACCUUUAAUCAUUAAUAACCCCCAUUAUUAAGAUUAAAAUUCUUUUUACAUUUUUUUCUUAUGUUAUUAAUUUUUUACUGUUCUGAUAAAUUUUUUCUUGCUUUUCCCUCCUGUGUUCUAUGUAUGAAUUCUUGUCUUUUAAUGGAAAAGAUAUUAGAAAAUGACUUUCAGACAGUUUAAAAAAAUAGGAAUGUUCAGAAUGAUUUUUUAAGUAUUCAACAGUAAAUGUGAUUUUAAGUCUUCAAAGUAUUUGUUUAACACAUGAGAACAUUUUAUUUUACUUUUUUAAUCUCGAAAGAUAAAACGUUCAAGUUUUUGAAUUAUACCAUUUUUCAAAUUUUAUAAUAAAAAAACAGCAAGUUCAUGUACCAAAUUUGAUCAUAAGGACUAGUUAUGUAUGUUUUUAUAAUUGUAAGUAAAAAAUCUGUAUUGCUAUAAUAAUACUUUCAUUUUGACAAAUUAAGGAGCCAAGAAAUGGCAUGCUACCUCCUGCUUGUUUCCAUUAGUAACAUAAUAACAUACUUGUAAGAGCCUAUUAGUUUACAUCAUCUAUCUUGUCUUGUUUUAUUGUUAUGUUGCUGUCAUGUCAAAGUUUAUAUGUGUUUGUGUUAAAUGUUAUUUACAAUGAUUAAAAAUAUUUUCAAUAUUUUAACAA